CUAAAGUCGCUAAACACUAAAAAAGUUCUCCAUUCUUUCUUAAAAAUUUCUAGCUCUAAUUGGACAGAACCGCAGUAAUAAAGUACCGUAGAGCCCCACCAAAUCUUUUUCCCCUUUUUGACCCUACUCCUUUCUGGGCAAACAAUCCAUGCACAAAGAUCAAUCCAAUGCUUGUACUAACAGCAAGAAUUGAUUUUUACAAGGUACCCAAACUUCUUUAAUGGAAAUGCAAUUAAAAUUAAACAUUAAAUAAACAAAAAGCUGUUAGCAGAAUCACUUUUGGCUUUUGAGAUAUAAAAACUUUUUUCAGCAAAUUCAGCAAAGAAUCUGAAACCCCCCCCCCCCCCAAAACAAAAAAAAAAAAUCAAUUCUUGAUUUUGUCUUUCUUCACCCAAUUUUACAGAGAAGAUGAAAUCCAUGUUCACAAGCUCAUCUUCAACAUUUGUAAAGAUCACAGCUUUCUCUCUCCUCUCUUUCUCUCUCUUCUUUCUCUUCAAACAUUUCUCUCUCUCCUCCACAACCACAGCCCAAAGUCACCAUCUUUCUUUCUUCAACUCCACCCCCACAACAAACCCUUCCACCCCUCCUCCUCCGCAGCCACCGCCGCCGCCUCCGGCGGCGGUGCUGGAGAGAACAGGGAUAGUUAACGAGAUGGGGGUUAUGACAGAUGAAUUUACAGUGGGGGAAUUUGAUGAAGAGCUGAUAAAAAGUGUGGUGGCAAAUGUCAAUGGUGGUGGUAAUGAAAAGGACAGAGGAGAGAGUGAUGUAAUAAGAAAAGUUGUGAAAUUUGAGAAAUUUAGAUUUUGUGAUGAGAGUAUGGGAAACUAUAUACCUUGUUUGGACAAUGUAGAUUCUGUUUCGAGGUUCAAUUCAUCGGAGAAGGGCGGAAAUUACGAGCGGCAUUGCCCGGAAAAUGGCAAGAAACUGGAUUGUUUGGUGCCUAGGCCUAAAGGGUACAAGAUUCACAUUCCGUGGCCGAAAUCUCGAGAUGAGGUUUGGUUCGAUAAUGUACCUCGUUUGGUUGAAGAAAAAGGUGAAGGAAAUUGGAUAUCGAGAAAAGACGAUAAAUUUAUAUUCCGAGGAAACGGGCCUCAAUUUAUCCCUAGCACCGACCGGUAUUUGGAUCAAAUAUCCAAGAUGGUUCCGGAAAUUGCAUUUGGUCAACACACGCGAGUUGUUUUAGAUAUCGACUCUGGAGUUGCAAAUUUCGGUGCCUACUUGAUCAACCGAAAUGUGACUACUCUUUCAAUAUCUCCAAAAUACGUCGGUGAAAAUCAAAUUCAAUUCGCCUUAGAAAGAGGUGUACCUGCCAUGUUAGCUUCAUUCGGUGGGACCCACCGCUUGCCUUUCUCUAGCCAAGCGUUCGACUUAAUUCAUUGUUCUAGAUGUAGAAUUAAUUGGACAAAUCAUGAUGGGAUUUUGCUUCUCGAGGCGAAUAGAAUUCUUAGAGGCGGAGGGUACUUUGUGUGGGAAUCAAAAGCCGUUAACGAAGGCGAACUAAUCGAACAAUGGAGAGAAAUGGAGGAUCUUACUAGCAAAAUUUGCUGGGAUUUAGUAAAUAAGGAAGGGUACUUAGCAAUUUGGCAGAAGCCUCUAAACAAUAGUUGCUAUCUCAACCGUGAUCGUGAUGUAAUGACACCUUCACUAUGUGACACUACCGAUAAUCCCGAUGAAAUAUGGUACGUAAACGCAAAGGCAUGCAUAACCCGUUUACCCGAAAAUGGAUACGGAGCCAAUAUCACAAACUGGCCCGCCCGUUUGCAUAGCCCGCCCGAGAGGCUUUUCACCAUAAAAAUGGAUGCUUUCAACUCGAGGAGGGAACUGUAUAAAGCAGAUUCGAAGUAUUGGAACGAUAUCGUAAGUGGAUACAUCGGUGCUUUUCACAUGAACGAGUUGAACUUGCGAAAUAUUAUGGACAUGAAAGCUGGAUACGGAGGAUUCGCAGCUGCUUUACUCGAUUUCGAGGUUAAUUCUUGGGUUAUGAAUGUUGUUCCGGUUAGUGGCUCGAAUACACUGCCUGUGAUAUUCGAUCGCGGUCUUAUAGGCGUUAUACAUGAUUGGUGUGAGCCAUUUGACACAUAUCCAAGAACAUAUGACAUGCUGAAUGCAGCAGGUCUUUUCUCUGUAGAGCAGAAAAGGUGUAAUAUAUCGAGCAUUGUGAUGGAAAUGGAUCGAAUACUAAGACCAGGUGGACGAGUUUACGUACGUGACAUCACUUCUGUGAUUAACGAGCUCGAAGAAAUCGCGAAAGCAGUCGGAUGGGUGACUUUUGUGUUCGAUUCGGGAGAGGGUCCUCACUCGAAUUGGAAACUUUUAACUUGCGAAAAAAGAUUGUAAUCAUAUUUUUUUUUUUACAUCAUAUGAUUAUAUAUAGCUUAUAGGAAAGGGAAGAGAAAAAUGAUAAAUAAUUUAUUUAUUUUCUUAUGUGUAAUUCUCAAAAUGUAAACUUGGACAUGGAAACUCCUUGAUUAUAUUGUUGUAAUACAAAAAAAGAAACAAAUUCAAAAUUAUUGAUUAAAGAG